GAGCGGGUUUUAUUUUUAUUUUUGAAACAUGGAAUUUCACAGGGAUUCUCCUCACCCUGGUUUUCCUUGGGUGGAGGGAGGAUUUGGCUUUUGCAUAGCUGCUGGAAAGAGGUCCACAGUCUCCUUUGAGGAGGCAGCCGUGUCCUUUACGCAGGAGGAAUGGGCUCUACUGGAUCCAGGCCAAAGGAAACUCUUCUGGGAAGUUGUACAGGAGAACUAUGAGACUGUGACCUCACUUGGGAACUACAAUUCCCAGAAGGACUUGGGAGCACCAGAGUGGUCCACUGUGUCUUUUCUAGGUGACGACAGAGUGGUUUUUUCUCUAGAGAGAGAAGAAAAUUUUGGGAACUCGGAAUUCAGCAGGGACUCUCUACUUCCUCAUUUUGCUCAGCUGGAGGGAGAAUUUAGCUUUCGCUUGUCUGCAAGAAAGCAAUCCUUAAUGUCCUUUGACGAGGUGGCUGUGUGCUUCACAGAGGAGGAAUGGGCUCUGCUGGAUCCAGGCCAAAGAAAACUUUUCUGGGAAGUGAUGGAGGAAAAUUAUGAGACCAUGACUUCUCUGGGGGCAGAUUUGAGGGAAAUGGUGAGUGAGAAGGAACCAAGAAGAGUGAUUAUGGGAAAAGAUGACAAUCUCUAUGUGGAAGCAAAAUCUGGGGAUCAAGUGGUACCAAAGAGGCAGCAGGGAAUGAAGAGGGAAGCAAAACACAAACGGAGGAAGGAAUUGAGUGCCCAUCAGAGCAGGAAGAUGCCGGAGAUCCCACUCCAAGAUAAAAUACAGAUGGGAAAGAGAAGACAUAAUCACCCAGUCAAUACAAAAUUAUUCAGCUGCAAAUCCAGUGGUAAAAAAUACCAGAAUAUUAAAACAUACUGGAAAACAUAUAAAUACUUGGAGUGUGGAAAGACCUUCCAUUGGAAUGGUUCACUAAUUAAACAUCAAAGGAUGCAUGCAAGGGAAAAGCCAUAUAAAUGUCUGGAUUGUGGGAAGAGGUUCUGUUGGAAUAGUGAGCUAAUUGUACAUCAAAGAGUUCAUACAGGUGAAAAGCCAUAUAAAUGCUUGGUGUGUAGAAAGAGCUUUUCUCAGAAUGGCACCCUAACUGCACAUCAAAAGGUUCACAUGGCACAGAAAUUGCAUAAAUGUUUGGAGUGUGGGAAGAGCUUUUCUCGGAACACCUACCUAACUGCACAUCAAAAGGUUCAUGCAGGGGAGAAACCAUUUAAAUGUCUGGAGUGCGGGAAGUGCUUCUAUCGGAAUAGCCAGUUAACUGUACAUCAGAGGGUUCACACAGGGGAGAAGCCAUAUAAAUGUUUAGAGUGUGGAAAGAGCUUUUCUCAGAAUGGCCACCUAAUUGAACAUCAAAAGAUUCACACAGGCGAGAAGCCUUAUAAAUGCUUGGAGUGUGGAAAGAGCUUCUCACAGAAUAGCAACCUAACUAAACAUCAAAAGGUUCACACCGGGGAGAAGCCAUAUAAAUGCUUAGAAUGUGGGAAGAGCUUCUCACGGAAUGGCACUCUAAGUAGGCAUCUAAAAGUUCACAUUGGGGAGAAAGUAUAUAAAUGCUUGGAGUGUGGAAAGAGUUUCUCUCAGAGGAGUCACUUAGCUGCACAUCAAAAAGUUCACACAGGGGAGAAGCCAUAUAAAUGCUUGGAAUGUGGGAGGAGCUUCUCUCGAAAUGGCACCCUGAGAAGACAUCAAAAGGUUCACAUAGAGAAGCCUUAUACAUGCUUGGAGGGUGGAAAGAGCUUCUCUGAUCAGAGCCAAAUAACUGCACAUCAGACAGACACAGGGAAGAAACCAUAUAAAUGCCUGGAAUGUGGUAAGAGCUUCUAUCAAAAUAGUCACCUAACUGCACAUCAAAGAGUUCACACAGGGGAGAAACCAUAUAAAUGCUUGGAGUGUGGAAAGAGCUUCUCUCAGAAUGGCCACCUAACUGCACAUCAAAAGGUUCACACUGGUGAGAAGCCAUUUAAAUGCUUGGAGUGUGGAAAGGGCUUCUCGCAGAAUGGCCACCUAACUUCACAUCAGAAGGUUCACACACGGGAGAGGCCGUAUACAUGGCUGGACUGUGGGCGGAAGUCUUACCUUAUACCACAAGAGUCACACAAGGGAGUACCCAUUGAAGCUCAGGAUGCAGAAAAACAGUUAAAGUGGCUGAACUUUUCAGAUUGUGGUCAUGAUAUGUUUUAUAGUACCUGGCAUUGAUGAAAAUAAUCUCUGUGCCCAUUCCCCUCCUCUCUGUCCUUCCAUCCUCAUUCCCUUUUCUCAAUGUCAAACGAAUGCAUGUAGCACCAUUUGGUAACCUAAAAUACAUCUUUUUCUCUGUACUCUGUACAAGCCUCUCGUGGAUAGAUAAUUUAUAACAGCAGUGACAAUGAUUAAUGUCUUACAAAAUAAAGAUAUAUAUCUGAUGAA